UUGUUGAUUUGGUAGUGGAGCACUGUCGAAGUAAAACAAGAGCACUUCAUCAUCCGAGCUUGCGGUUGUUGAGUUUAGAGGUCCAACUAGAACGUGUGUUGUUUCGAAAAUAUUCCAAGUGUUUCAGUUCGGCCAUCAAAAGUUCAGGUAAUCUCAUGAACUCAAGUUCUCUGAGAGGGUACAGAGUAGAGCUAUCGUCUGAGGAUUCAAUAAGUGUUGGUAAGGAUGAAGAGAUAAAGUUGAGCUCAAGCGAGAGCAGUAGUGAAGGAACUUCUAGUAGUGGGGGAAGUGGGAGAAGUGUAGAGGAGGUUGAAGAAGUUGGGGUUCCUUCUAACAUUUUGGAGGUUGAUGACAAUAGGGCGAAGUGCUACAAUGAAGAGGAGGAGGCAUGUUCAACUCCAAGGGACCACUGGAUGCUCAUGUACGACCACUAUUUAUUAGUCGAGCCUAGGUUUCCUGUGCUUGAGCUGCUAGUAGCCUUACUCAGGGAGAACUUGUUUAGUGCAGGUCCUUCUUGCAUAAAGGGGUGGAAGGACAAAUUCCUUUUUGUGGACGAUACGAAGUGGGGGAGGUCGGAUGCAGAGGUGACUGAGCUCUGCAAGUGGAAAGCUAAGACGGCUAACCCAAACAAGUGUUCAUUGGGUGUGGGGGAGCAGGAUGAAGUGGAAAGAUUGGAGAGGAGGGGUGGGGAGGUGAUGAAUAUCAUGCAUCUCACUAGCUUGGAGAUGUUGGAGGCGGCGGAGAUCUAUGGGCCGAGCUAUUUGGAGGAAAUAAAUCGACUGCUAUUUGGAAGCAAGACUAUCGCUCUCUCGGAGAAAAGGUCAAAGGCCCCAACCCCGGUUGCGGCUGAGGAGAGAAUGGGUGAGACUUCAAGGCCUCGCCCUAAUGAAGUGGACCUCAAGAGAGCCAUGAAUGAGGUGGAUGAGUACGGAGACUCUAGCGUUGUGCGCCACACACUUGAGACGGCGAACCUUGUGAACACCUUGGCAGAUGAAUAUUACAACUGCCUUAAAGAGAGGAAUAAACUGGCUGACAAAAAUGACGAGCUCAUCCGACAGAAGGAGUCAACCGAGCAAAACGAGUCAACCAAGCAAAACUUCAAUGACCUAACCUCGCAGCUCGAGAAGGUUAGGGAGGAGUUGGCUUCUGCCAAGGCGGCCAUUGAGGUCGAGGAUGAAGCUAGACGGAUUGUGCUCCCCCCACGUCUGGAGUAUGAGUUCGUCGCUGCUGAUGAAGAUGAAGCUGAGGUUCCUGGGCAUACUGAGGUCGGGGACAAUGCUACUAAGCAAGAGGUUCAGUUCCCCCUCUUGUCUUGGUUGAAUGAUGCAUACAGUGAGCUACUGCCAUUUCAAGAUGCGAUGCCAGAGAAGCAACUAGAUGCUCAUCCACAUCAUUACUUCACCCAGUGGCAGCUCUACCUCCAUGGCUCAACUUGUGCCUUGUUUCUAUUUGGAAACUUCAUCCACAACGUCUUGGUUUCAGUAAGACGUAAGAAGGUGGGUCAAAACGAGGGCAGAGGGGAGGGGAGGGACUUUUCGUUUGCAAUUGCAAACAGUAUUACUUCUGACUCCAAAAUUCAUACUGCCGUAUCGAGUGAAACUACAUUCAUUGUUUAUUCUGGUGCAGCUGCUGCUCUAAUUUCACUCAAGGCUGAGUGCAAGAACUUACCCCCCAAUUGGUCGGGCUCAGAUCCUUGUGGUGAUGGCUGGGUAGGAAUUGGGUGCACGAAUUCACGUGUCACCUCGAUAACAUUGGGAAACUUGGGCUUGGAAGGGCUGGUGUUUGGUGACAUUCCAUCCUUAACUGAAUUACCGACUUUGGAUCUAUCUUACAACAAGCGCCUGACAGGAUCUCUUCCAGAAUCAAUUGGGAAUUUAAAGAAGCUAACAAUUUUAAUCCUUGUUGGCUGUGGUUUCACCGGUCCAAUUCCUGACACAAUAGGAAAUCUACACCAGCUGGCCUAUUUGUGAGGACUCUUACUCUAAUAUCAGCUAUGAUAUAACGGAUAAACUUACAAUUUUAAAUUGCUUGUGUGGUGAUCUUCCAUUGUUUAAUGAAACUUGGUGGACAAAUUUGUACUGGUUCACUAAGUAAUCACUGUUCAGCUCUGCUCUGAAUUGUAUUGAUACUUCAAUACUUUUGCAAAUUUUAAUCAAAUAAAUGUACAAAUAAGAAUGUUAAUUUUAU